CUCGUUUCGGAUUGGCACUUGUAAAGGGAGGCCCAUGUGGUGUGUAAAUGAGCGGGCCACAAACUGCAGCACUUUAGAGAGCCUUCACUCGAGAUUCGUGUCAGUUGGAUGUUGGAGUAGUCCGGACGGAGAAAAUGUUGCUGGAAGCGGCGGAAGGAGAGGAGACGGGAGUUUGUAGAGCCGCUGCCGGUAAGAAGUGAAGGAGGCCGAGAGAGGAGGAGGAGGAGGAGGAGGAGGAGGGAGCUAACCGGGCUAAGAGAGAUAAAUAUAGACUACUGUGAACAGGCUCACACUCAAACUCUAGAUAUCUGCUAUAUUAUGUCUUAAUUCAAACCUUUACCUCUGUCUGUAUUCUCCGUUAUCUGUAUUAUUACUGGGUUUCUGUGUCUGUGUUGCAUAAUGUGGUUUAGCUGCUCCCACUCAUGGCUGAACUCUCACUGAUUUUAGGAGCUUAAAUAUUUAACAAACCUUCACUUUUCUAACAUUUUAAUGUUUUCUAAUGUCUCUCUGUGUGUCUGUCAGUCUCUAUAAGUCUGUUUCAUAGUCUGUAAACACCUGUUGUACCUUCAAACACCUGACCCUCCUUUCUAAGAGCUGAAAAUCAAAGUUAUUUUACUCCCUAAAUGAUGAACUCUUUAAUCUGGACAUGAUCUAAUAAACAGGUUUAAACUCAGGGAGCAACAGGAGGCUGUGGUUUGAUAGAAUAAGAUCCAAUCCAGGCAGGAGGAUACAGGUUUAAAGAUGUUUUAUAUCUUUAAUUCUUGAUGGCCAUUGUGCAAAAUAAGAUGAAUCAGAAGAAAACAGGAUAAAAUCAAAGGAAAAGGUAUAAAAGGACCAUGUUUCUAUUACAGUUAUUAUAGAAAAUUUAAGAGAUAUUCUGUAGUAGAAUUAAUUUAGGGUCAAACCGAGUUAGACUCCCCUUAGAGAGAUGAAUGUUGUCGACCGCUUGCUUCUCUAGUUAUACCAACUUUAGUAACGACCACAGGAUAGUAAUACACAGCGGUCUACGUCUAACCUGAACCAAAACGCCACUCUAUAGCCACAAAUAAUGCUCAGAACAGCACCUAACUUCAUCAACAGGACAUAUAGGGUCACAGCCAUAGUACUAGGACUAAACACAACUCACCCACUCUCUUCCAGCAGCCACUUGUUUGUAGCGAGACCUCAGGCCAGUCCAUUACGGACUACAGCGGGGUGUCGCAGCUCAAGGAAGAACAUUUAUGAUCAUUUCUUUAUCAUUUCCUUGAAGUAAUAAUCACCAUAUUAAUCAUUUUCACUGCAGACGCGGUAGUUCUUCUGUCUUAGCGUCUCGGUCUGAUUGUAUUUCAGUGAAGAAAUUGAUAUCCCUUUAAACGCUCCUGUUAGGAACUCUUUGUUCCAGCUUUGGUGCCCUCGGUGGACGAAGCAUUACUUGCAUAUCUCGUCCUCUAAAUGCUUAAAUAAUGUCUCGUAAUGGAAAUUCUCAUUCUGCUGAUGCUUGACAGUCACAUUUGUCCUUUUUAUAGUAAAUGAAUUAUGUGAAAAAAAAGAAAAUAGGGUUUUUCCUUCAGCUGCUACUCUGACAGAUUCCUCCACACCGUUUUCAGGCACUAAAAUUACAGUAUAAAAAUCAUCAGUCUGUCCUUGAUGGUCUUGUUUGCUUUUGAAUAUCAUGAAAAUUUGUUUAUAAAUAUCAGUCCAUGAAAUAAAAAAUAAAAAAAAAAACUCGUUGGGAGCUUUAAUUUUUGUAAAAGUUGUUGAUUCAGGUUUUAAUGAACCACCUUCCUGCCCCCCUUGCAGCCUCUGUGCAGGUCCAGGUGGAGCCGGUGGGUCGCUGGUUCGAGGCUUAUGUGAAAAGGAGGAACAGGAGUACGUCUACCUCCUUCCAGGAACUUGAGGAGGAAGAGGAGUCUUCAGAGGAGGAAGAAGAUGAGGAGUUUCAGCUGGAGGAGUACCCCAUGCUCCGAACACUUGACCCCAAAGACUGGAAGGUACCGGGUCCGAAAGUUGAUUCUUGGGAGGAGAAGUUUUUUCCUCUGUCACAGACUGCAGUACUUCUCAAAUUCUAACACAUCAACUUUAACCUGUUUGAUUCUCCAGAAUCAGGAUCACUAUGCUGUCCUCGGGCUGCCGCACCUGAGGUACAAAGCCACACAGAAGCAGAUCAAAGCUGCCCGUGAGUACGAUCGUCUGUUUUUGUCUCACUGAUCGCUCAUUAUCAGACUAGAUGACCUGUCGUCUCAGUGAAACUCUCUUCUGUUCCUGAACAGACAAAGCAAUCGUGUUGAAGCAUCACCCCGACAAGAGAAAAGCUGCAGGAGAGCAGAUCGUAGAAGGAGACAACGACUACUUCACCUGCAUAACUAAAGGUACGACACGCUCUUUUCAUCGGUUUGUAACUUUGUCUUGAGGCUCCUGGUCUGACUGUUUUCUGUGAUUUGUCAUCGUUUGACCCUCAGCUAUCGAAAUCCUGUCGGACCCUGUGAAGAGGAGAGCCUUCGAUAGCGUAGACCCGACCUUCGACAACGCCGUGCCUUCAAAAGCGGAAGGCAAGGAGAACUUUUUUGAGGUUUUUUCACCGGUUUUCGACCGAAACGCCCGGUGGUCUUCUAAAAAGCACGCGCCCAAAUUCGGAAUGCUCGACUCGUCGUUCGAAGACGUCGAUAAUUUUUACUCUUUUUGGUGAGUGAAAAAGUUGAAGACAUGUUUGUGAAUCUUCUCUGUCAGAGGAGAAGAUCAGCGUCUUGAAUCAAUGUUUCUAUUUCAGGUAUAACUUUGACUCAUGGAGGGAAUUCUCCUACUUGGACGAAGAGGAGAAGGAAAAGGCUGAAUGGUAAGCUGGUGCAUGCAGCACUUUGUCGAACAGAAACACACUUUGAAAUGUCUCAUGAACGUGUUUGAACUUCUCUCGCAGUCGAGAUGAGAGGAGAUGGAUCGAGAAGCAGAAUCGAGCCUCCAGAGCUCAGAGGAAAAAGGAGGAGAUGAACAGAAUAAGAACACUAGUCGGUACGCUCUCUGAAUGAAGCAGAACAGCUGGAAGUAUCUUAAAACCACACAAAGCUGUUGAGUUUUUCGUAACAACGUCUUUUGUCCUCUGCAGAUACGGCGUACAGCUGUGACCCUAGAAUAAAAAAAUUCAAAGAGGAAGAAAAAGCUCGGAAAGAAUCGGAGAAGAAAGCCAAAGCCGACGCCAAGAAGAGGGAGCAGGAGGAGAAGGAGAGGGUAUGUUGGAUAAUUCCUCAAACAUCGUUUUAUGAGAUCGGAGAAGCGAACCGCUCACUGCUGAGUGUCGGAGUAUUCAGUGACUCAUCCUGAUGUCCUUCAGGUUCGACAGGCAGAGCUGGAGGCGGCUCGUUUGGCCAAAGAAAAGGAGGACGAAGAGGCCAAACAGGCGGCUCAGCAGGCCAAGAAGGAGAAAGAGAUCCAGAAGAAGGCCAUCAAGAAGGAGAGGCAGAAACUCAGGACCACCUGCAAGGUUCCUACAUCCUUCACUCUCCCUCUGAAGCUUCACACGCUUUUCACUUUAAUCAUCAAACUCUCUGAUAUAAGAGGAGAAUCUGUCUUCAGGUUCAAUAAUAUUCUCUCAGAGCCUCGAACUCAGAAGCUUUAAACACUUUUAUUAAACUCUGAAUAUGAUGAGAUUUCCUCUUUAUUACUCUGAACUGUUGUCCGUAAAUAAGUGGAUCUAAAUAAUCUGAGAUAUCCUGGAAAAAGUUCAUUUUGGUUUAAUAAAAAAUCAGGAAUAUAAUCAAAUAUUUUGGACAUUUAAAGUGAAAUAUUCCACUUUAUUUUUUUGUUUUGAUUUAGUUAUUUUAGCUUUCCUCAGAUCGUCUCGAUGUGUUUAAAUCCCCAAAAGUUAAAAUCCUGAAGCGUUAAUUCAUUUAUACUCUGAAUACUUAACCAUGAAUCACCGCCUCAGUGCGGUGUGGCCUGGAGGCGUUCAGCCUGUCGCUCUGCUGAGUUUUAUUGAAGCCCACGUCGCUCUGACAGCGUCCUCCAGCUGCUCUCUGUCUCUGGGGUUUGACUGUUUCUCAUUUUCCUCUCGACUCACAUCCCUCAGAUUGUCUCUGGGGUUCAGGUUCAGACCAGUCGGUGGUAAUUUUGGUGUUGUGAGCAGGUGUCAAGUCUUUUUAUCACCUUUUUAUUCUGGAGUGAUGUUUGUUUGGAUUAAAUCAAGAGGAUUGAAUGGAGAUAAUUUGUCUUUUUCACUCUGUUUUUCACAAACAGUCAUCUAAGAAACUCUUAAUCCAGCGGGUAGUUUUUAAUACACAUUUUCAUCCAAUCCAAUCCAGGUUUAUUUAAAAACAACAAAAUGCUGACCAAAGUGCUGUACAGUAAAUUAAAAAUAGACAAUUAACGCGAACAAUAAAACAGAGACACAGGAGCACGUUAAAAACAGGAGGACAGAGCUGGUUCUGUCAAAACAGGAUUAAAAGACCGAGUUCUCAGGAGUCAAAAAAGAGUAAAACAGGCGGUGAGGGGGACAGACGGACAUGAAGAGGAAGAGCGUUCAGAGUUUAGGCGCAGCGACGGUAAAAACUCGGUCACCGCUGAACUUUAACCUUGACCUCGGGACAGUCAGAAGGUCAGAGGAUCUGAGAGUCCGAGAUGAAAUAUAGGUAGAGCGAGCCCGUUUUAAGAUUUAUAAAUUAAUAACAAAAUGUUAAAAUCAAUCCUGAAACGCACAGGAAAUUCCUAAAAUAGAGGAAAUGUGGUCAGAUUUACGGCGGCCAGAUAAAACACGAGCUGCAGUAUUUUGAAGGAUUAAGAGAGGUUCGGCUCGCACAAAAACAAAGUGCAUUACAAUCAUCAAGACGAGUCGUGAUAAAAGCAUGUGUAACCUUCUCAAAAUCACUAAAAGAUAAAAAAGACUUUUCAUGUCUUAUGUUUUGUGAGUAAUACGUAAGUGAAGUAAAAACAAAGAAGAUUGGGAAUGUCUCGUCCUGUCGUAUUAUUUUCUUUAGACUUCGGCCUCCUGAUGUGAACAUUUCAGACCUCUCACCAAAGCCGACAUCUUGUAAAAACAAGUCUUUUCAGAGAGAGGACUCUUUCUUUCUUUCUUUCUUUCCUCCUUUUACAGAGAUUUUGGUUGAUGUUGUUUUCUCUGUCCACACAGAACUGGAACUACUUUGCUGACAACGAAGCAGAAAGUGUGAAAAUGAUGGAGGAGGUGGAGAAGCUGUGCGAUCGACUGGAGCUUGCGAGGUACAAACAGAAACAUUACGGCUGAUUUAAAGUGACUCCACGAUCAUUUCUUUAGAGAGUUGGUUCAUUUGAAUCCAAUUGAAACGAUUAUUGAUCCUUCUGUCGUGUUCAGUGAUCGAUCGUUCAGAAUCAGUCAGGAAGCAGCCUGUAAAUUAAGUUUAUCUGCUCCUCUGUUUCCAGUCUGCAGUCCCUGAAUGAAGUCCUGGCCACAGGUUCAAAGGAGGACAGUAAGACGGCAGUGGAGAAGCAAGUAAGACACAUUUUCAAGGUUUCUCUUCUAAAUCAGGACGCAAGAAAUUAAUAUUUAGUAAAUUAUGUCAAUAUGUUUCUUGAUUAAUCAGAUCUGGUGGAUUAAAUAUUUAAGAGUCUGUGAUAAUUGAGUCCAGAGUUUGAGACGACAUCCUGUUAUAACCCCCCCUCAGGUCCAGGAGGUGAACGCUCAGCUGCAGAAGGAGCGGGAGGCGGAGGUUCAGGCGAGGCAGGCGGCUCGCAGCGCCGAACAGGCCAGCGGGGGAGGAGGGGGAGGAGGAGGGAAGGGCUGGAACGAGGACGACCUUCAGCUGCUCAUCAAAGCUGUUAAUCUGUUUCCUGCUGGAACCAACGCCAGGUAUGAACGCUCGACGCCUGCAGGACAGGAUGUGUUUUCAGGGUCAGACCUGAAGAGAAAUGAACACACGAUCCCUGUGGUGAAGAAGAGAAGAAAACUGACGAGUGCUGAAAAAAAACAUGUUCCUGCUGUUUAUUUAUGGGAAAAAAACAGGAUUAUUACAAACUGCUUUUAGUUCAUUUGUCUGUUUACAUCCAAGUUUCUCCAAAAGUUCAGUCCUUGACUCUUUGCAAAUUUAUUAAGGCAGCAAAUGCAAAAAAAAAAUUGUAAACUACAAAGUUUUAUUUCCACUCGCUGCAGAUCAACAACAUCCACCGGAGCAAACCUAAAGUGUUUUUAAUCUGACCUGAGCACGAGUCAGGAAGACGCCAAAGUUUUCAGAAGUAAAAUAUUAUAAAAUAAUUAGGGGGAAGUUUCGAUUUGUGAGACGGAGUAAAGGAACAAUUGUUGUUUUUAUAAAAAUGGAAACUGUUCGUUCUGUUUGGAUUUACCUCGCAGUAAAAUAUGAGCUCGUUCCCAAAUGCAGAACUAAACGUUACAGAAACAUCUUUGUUCCUGCUGCUAUUAUUGAAGUGAACAAGCUGUACAGAUCUUGCACAGAAUUUUGCACAAUUAGCUCAUACUGCGGAGGUAUUAUUCACUUACUUAUGUUGGUUUUAAACUUGUUUUACCUUGGUUUGUAUCCAGAGGUUGUUUAUUUGCAUUUUUUGAUGUACUGACGCUUGUGUCCUGACUGGGGAGCCUUUGGGUGCUUUUAUCAUGUGUCUGUUUUGUGGUUGGUUUAUAUUUGUACUGUAACUUAUAUAAAUGGACGUUAUCACUUUAUUUCACUGCAGAAUAAAUCUACUUUCGGGUAUUAAUACAGUAACCUGAACCUGAACCAUUCUUCCUCUCAGGUGGGAAGUUAUCGCCAACUACAUGAACCUGCACUCCACCAGCGGCAUGAAGAGGACCGCCAAAGACGUCAUCAACAAAGCGAAGAACCUGCAGCGGCUCGGUGAGCUGAUGUCUGACAUGAAUCACACAUGAUUUCCACAUAGAUAUACAUCGAUAGAUCUGUUUCUGUCGAGCAUGUUUGAAGGACAAAAUAGUUCAAUCGAGAUGAUAAAAAGGUAAAAUGAUGAAUGAUUUUAUUUUCAACCUCAAGAAAGAGAAGUUAAAAACAGACCUGAGUAAAAUAAAAAAAAACUGAGACUUGAUGAAACAACAUCAUCAGACUCCUUUAUUAUCACAUUUAUAUCAGGAAGAACAAAUAUUGUCUUAACUAGAGAACUUGGUAAUUUUUGUAGCUGCGGAUAAAGAGUAACGUUCUGUCUUGUCCGUGUCCUCUGCAGAUCCAGUCCAGAAAGAUGAGAUUAAUAGAAAAGCCUUUGAGAAAUUCAAGAAGGAGCACUCCUCAGUCCCGACGACCAUCGACAACGCCGUGCCCUCAGAGAGGUUCGAUGGUGAGUGAAAAUCUGAUCAUCAAGUACCUCCAUGUUUGGUGAAUCGCUCUCAUAAUGAAACGGUCACUGACCUGCUCUGUGUCCCUGCUCAGCCUCUGGUGGUGAUGGUAAUGCUGCUCCCUGGACCACAGAGGAACAGAAGCUUCUGGAACAGGCCCUGAAGACCUACCCAGUCAGCACACCAGAGAGGUGGGAGAAGAUCGCUGCUGCCGUCCCGGGAAGAAACAAGAAAGACUGUAUGAAGAGGUACAAGGUAAGAAGACGCUGGAUUUCACUGAAUAAAGAUGAAGGCUGUGUUUGUCUAGAUGUUAUUGAUUAUGGAUCCGUUUCUUUCUCUCCUGCAGGAGCUGGUGGAGAUGGUCAAAGCCAAGAAAGCUGCACAGGAACAAGUGGCAGCAAAGAGUAAAAAAUGACAAGAACCACAAAGAAUAGUAUCUGUGUUAUUUUAACAUUAUUGUGUUGGUCUUUAUUUUAUAAUAAAAAGUAAAGGAGGAAAAAUUCUACAGAUGAAGCUU